GCAUGUGGCAACGCCGCUGCUCGAAAAACCAGCAAAGACAGAGAUAGAAUUAGAGAAAGAUAGGCCACAGAGAGUUGUGCCGAAGUUUUGUAAAGAGAAGAAGGGUGUGCGGAGCUCCGUUUUGAAUAAAAUCUUGAGGCCGAGGAGCUGCUGCAAUGGAACAAGUCCUACCGUAGUGACACGUAGCGAAAACUCGUCCGCAGGAGUGCGAGUGAGUGAACGUAAUAAGGUGCAGCGAUGAUCAGGAUGGAGCGCAAAGGUAAUUCUGGCUGCUCCUGGUGCAUAAGAGGAAUCAAGUGGGUGCCCGUCCUCUUUAUCCUCUGCAUCAUUAGUUGGUCCUAUUACGCCUACGUCGUGCCGCUAUGCUACUAUACUGUACAGAGCAUGGUUCAAAAAGUUUUUUACUUGAUUUUCUUCCAUGUGUUUUUUUUCUUAUUCCUGUGGUCCUACUGGCAGACCAUAAUAACAGAUUUAGUAAAGGUUCCAGAAAAGUUCAAAUUACCUGCUGCUGAAGUAGAAAAACUAUUGCAUGCAGAAAGUGAAGAUACUUAUCGACAAGUUUUGGAAAGAUUUGCUCAAGACUUGCCUGUCACAAAUCGAACAAUUAAAGGAGAAAUCCGCUUUUGUGAUCAGUGUCAACUGGUUAAACCUGACAGAGCACAUCAUUGCAGUGUUUGUGGCACAUGUGUCCUUAAAAUGGAUCAUCACUGCCCAUGGGUGAAUAACUGUGUAGCCUUCCACAAUUAUAAGUUCUUCAUGUUAUUUUUAGCCUAUGCUCUUCUUUACUGUAUUUAUAUUGCUGCCACGUCUUUACAAUACUUUAUUCAGUUUUGGAGGGGCGAAUUAGAAGGAGACGGUAAAUUUCACCUGCUCUUUUUGUUUUUUGUUGCGCUUAUGUUCGCCAUCAGUCUCAAUUCACUCUUCUUCUACCAUUGCUACCUCAUUUUGCACAACAGAUCGACGUUAGAGGCAUUCCGACCUCCUAUGUUCCGCACUGGGAAAGAUAAAGACGGUUUCAGUCUUGGAAAAUACAAUAAUUUUCAAGAAGUUUUCGGUGACGAUUCCAGACUAUGGUUCAUACCGAUUUUUACUAGUCUCGGGAACGGAGUGGAUUUUCCGGUACGCUCGCAGCACCAGGGUGCCCCCAAUACGUACAACUCGAUGGGCAGUACUCAAAACAGCUUUGGCGACGGGGUGACAUUCCCAGAGAGACAAUUCGACGAGGAUCGACAUACUCUACUGGGGGUCGAGACGCAACGAUGGACCGGCGGCGACGAGACCGAACUUGACUCGCCUUUGGCCGGCUCUCGUGCAGCACUGCUGUCAUAGGUUCAAUUGUGGAUGCAAAUCAACCUCUGGUCGACCCAGCCUGCAUAGUUUAAUUUAUGAAUACGAGAUUAUAAUAAUUAUGAAAAUUGGCAGCCUCAUCCUUUGACGCUGAAACUAUGAGUUGGUAAAAAAUUGAAUUUUUAUUGAUUCAUUUAUUGACUAGAAAUAAUAUAAUUAAAUCGAUUAAAAUCAAUUUUAAACCGAAAUAUAUAUUAGAAAAAUCAGUACGUGCAUUGAAGAUAUUUAUAAGUAUGUACAUGAUUUUACUAAUUUUUGUUCACAAACGAUUUGCAAUGUGUUUUUUCUACCAAGACUUCUUCAUUAACGUUAUAUGAAAUUUUAUGAAGAGAAACUUUUAAAGAUACAUUUCAAUUAUUGAUGUACUUCAUUUAUUUGUAUAGUCAUUGAAAUUAAUCGUAAGCAUACUUAAAAAUGAUAAAUUUUAUUGGAUUUUGUUUUUUUAAAUUAUUAUGGAAGCAUUUUUUUAGGAUUUAUGCAAAGCACAAAUAUACAAGAUAUAUUUAUUUAAAGUUAUAAAAUAUCGCAUUGUUUUAUCAGAUUGGCAGUGUCCGUUUCGUACAGAUAUUCCGUGAUUUGAUUUCAUACGAAUUUUUUUGAUUUAUCUAAUAUAAUGCUUUUCUAUUAAACACCAAAAAUAAGAUAAUAUUCUCUUAAAAAAUAAAAUAUUAUCGGACAUUAUAUCUUUUUACAGAAAAAUUAACAAAGAAUUAAUUGGUAUAAAAUAUUUUACACGACAAAAUCGCACAUUUCAUAAUUUUUUAAUAGGCAAAAUUUCAAGUCUAUAAUUCUUUCAAAAAUUUAUUUGUUUCUGCACAAAUAUGUUAUGUAGAAUACUUUAGGCUAAUUAUUUUGCAAUCUAAUUUCACGUGGAAAUUUUAUAUGUCUAAUAGUACCUUAUUUAAUGAUGAAUACUAUUUUUUGUUUUCUGUUCAAUUAGAAAAGCAUUACUUUAAAUAAAACAAAAUUUAGAAGUUCAUGUAGAAUCGGUAUUAAACAAAUUGAACCAUUGUAUUAAAUAUUAUUUUAACACAAGUUAUAUAUACUGCAAUUUAUAGAAUAAAUCAAGUGAUAAUGUUUUACUUCAAAUAGUCAGACAUAAAUAUAUUGUAAUACAAUAAAAAUAUUUUUUAUUCGCAACUUAUCAUUUCAAAAUAUACAGAAGUGCAAUAAUUACCGUUUAAAUUACAAUAACAGUUAUGAGGUCAUUAAAACUAUAUUGUAUUUACAUCUGCUAUAUACAGAAGUAAAGUCAUAUAUGCCGAAUAUCAUAUCUUUAAAUGCAAUUACUAAAUUCCAUGUAAAUUAUUAACAAUGCAUAAAUAUGCAUUAUUUAUGAAUUUUAUUUUGUUUAUUUCAAUAAUGGCGUAUAUCUAAAUUUAGUGUUAUUAUUUGUACUGACAAUUUGUUUUGCAAUGAAUUGUUACUUAUUAAAAGAAAAUAAGUCGUUUAAAAGUCGAUAAGCUUUUUAAACUGAUUUUCUUUUUAACGUAUAUGAUAUGAUAAAUGUCCUUUUAUACUUUGUAAACGUGUGAAUUAAUGGAGACUUAAAAUAUGGCUACUUAAAUGACAAUAUAAUAAUAUUUUUAGUCAGUCUGUUGUGUAUUAAGAAUAUAAGGCGUAUUCCUUUUAACAAUCAAGGACUGAUACGAACCGUAUUCGCAAUACUACAAUAAACAAAAUAAUAUUUUUCCAUCAUGUUAAAGUAAUACAAUAUUCAUCUGUAAAUGAUGGGAAUAUUAUCACAUAUAUUGUAUAUUUGAAAAAACUCUGUGAAAUGGAAAUAUUAGUUUGGAAAAAAAUAAAAUAAGUUGUAAUUUAUUUUAUAGUAAUCGCUUCCGCUGAUGAGCACAUGAUGAUAAUAAAUCGUAACAAACGAUAUGAAAUAAUUAUAUUGCUUAGUCGAAUUUUUAACAAUAUAACUUUGAAGAUGCAUUUUAUUUUUUAUUAAAAUUAAGAGAAAACCUCGCUGAUAAAUAGGCUAACGGUGCCUUUCUAAUAUAUAGCGAUACACCUAAAAAGUAGACAAAAGAAAAUGGCAUAAUUAACUAGUUAUGUCUCACAAGUUUUCAAUGGUUUGCUUGCAUAACAUGUGAAAAUUUUGUUUUGUAUAGCGCUGCCAACUGACACAUGAUUUUUAUUAAACAAAGAAAAAGCAACAAUACAACUAAAAUGAAAAUAAAAAAAUAAUUGAUUGUAAAUAUAUAUAAGGAAAAUAAAUAUUUUCAAAAUACUAUCAAUUAUAACACUGUAAAUAAAUUCU